AUUUAUCCGGACUCAUCACUGGCUGUAACAUACUCCCUCAGUCAUCAUCCCCACAAAAAACACCCUUUUCUCUCUUUCUUUUCUGUCCGCGGCUUUUCGUUUUGCCUCUGUCUUCCUCCAUUUCUCCGUAUUCUCUCACUUUUUAAUAAUCAUCUUUUCUUAUUUUACUUAAUUUAAUAAUUCUUAAAUAAUCGUCAAACUUGUCUCAUCUUCUAAUUAAACCCAUAAACACACAUAUUAAAAUAAAAAUAUAAUAAAAUAAAAUCUCAUCUCUUUGAAACCCUAAAUAUCAUUUCAACAAUACCUAAAACCCUAGCCAAGAUUCAAAACUGAGAGAAAUCAAUUAAUUUGGGGUUUUCGAUUUCGAUUUCUAUUUCGACAUCGUUUCAAUUUUAAUUUUUAUCAAAUUUGUGAUUAAGAAUGUCCACGGAGUCAUAUGGUCGUAGUAGAAGCGGAGAUAGAUUUUACUGUCCACCACAAGUUCGUCGCCAAAAACAACUUCUUGAACACAAGCAGAAACUUGAAGAAAAAGAAGAGAUUAAGAGAGACAAACAGCAAAAUCAACACCAAAAUCAUCACAUACGACGGCAGAAAUCGGUGACGAAUGCGACGGUUGUACCGCAGCAGAUAAAGAUGACGACGACAGCCAAGAGUACAUCAUCAUCGUCGGAAAAUCGGGUGGAAUCUGAUGAUUGUGCUUCUUCCACGGCAACAACUACUACGGCUACUACGUUAACACCUGCUGCUUCUGUUUCGUCGUCGCAUUUAACGAAUUUGGAUCGGUUUUUAGAGUUUACUACUCCUUUUGUUCCUGCUCAAUGCCUGUGUAAGACGAGUAGGAAGGGGCGGAAAACUCUAGAAGAUGAGUUUCGACGGUACUUUGUUCUUGGCGAUCUUUGGGAGUCAUUUAAAGAAUGGAGUGCAUAUGGGGCAGGAGUACCGCUUUUGUUAAAUGGGAGCGACUCUGUUGUGCAGUAUUAUGUUCCGUCUUUGUCCGGGAUUCAAUUGUACAUAGACCGGUCAAAGCCCUCUCCUAGAACCAGAAUGCCUGGUGAGGAAAGUGAUGAGUCAUCUAGAGAAACUAGUAGUGAUGGCAGCAACGAUUUUGAUAAUGGUUUUUAUUCAUGGAAUCAGCAUGAUCAUUCAGUGUCUACACCACAGGGCAUGAAAGAAUUGUCACCAAGAUUUAAGCCUUCCAAUUGUUCAUCUAGUGACGAAGGAGAAAUUUCAAGUUCUCCAGGGGUUCUUAUCUUUGAAUAUUUUGAGCAUGAUUCUCCCUUCAUCCGGGAACCAUUGGCUGAUAAGAUAUCACUUCUUGCAUCACGUUUCCCUGAAUUAAAUACAUAUAGAAGUUGUGAUUUGUCGCCAUCAAGUUGGAUUUCUGUUGCAUGGUACCCAAUUUACAGAAUUCCUACUGGUCCGACUCUCCAGAACUUGGAUUCCUGCUUUCUGACGUUUCACUCUCUCACGACACCUUUUCAUGGUGUAAAGACCGAGUGUUUAAGUCAUUAUGGUUCAUGUCCAAGGGAGAUCCCAAAUGGCUUCAAUACGGGUCUAAAGAUGCCCCUGCCAACAUUUGGGAUGGCCUCUUAUAAGUUCAAAAUCUCUGUUUGGGGUCAAAAUGGAGUAGAAGAAAAUCAAAAGGCCAACUCAUUGUUGCGAGCUGCUGAUGAGUGGCUUAGAGCUUUGAAUGUACAUCACCCUGAUUACAGUUUCUUUGUCUCGAAAAAUUUCAACUGUAGAUGAAGGCAAUUUACUGAUGAUAUACGAAUCGAGGGACGAGAAGAGUUAAUAGCUGACUCCCCACGGCUCUAGCUGGCUAUAAGUAUUUUAAAUCUGUCGGCUGAGUAUGCAGAAUCCCCCUUCACCUUUCUGUUCCUUGAUCUACUAUAAUUUUUACAAUUGUACUUUGAGAGGAAAAUUUUAGAAACUUCAGCUUUUGGUGGCUUGUGAGAUCGACUGGGUGGGGGGAGGAUUGGAGGUUUUAUUCUGUGUAAUUUGUUGAAUAACUCACUGAAUAUCUGAUUCUAUGAGAAUGGGAUUCCUGAGAAAUCCUACGCUUUGAAAGUUGUCGGAUUUAUACGACCGUGUUGGUGUGUACGAAAGUUGUCGGAUUUAUACGACCGUGUUGGAUU